AGCGAGCCCAGAAGCUGAAGGAGGCCGAGGAGCGAGCCAGGACCAGACCUCGAGUCUUCCAAGAGCCCAAGAAGUGUCCCCCCCUGGGGAUGGAGUCCCAUCGGUUGGAGCCGGACCAGCUCUCAGCGUCCUCCAUGUCUCAGUACAUCUUCGCACCGCAGAGGGCACGCCUCAACAUGCAGGGUUCAGAGGAUGAAGACGACAUGAGAGGCGGAGCGUGGUGCGCAAACUCCGAGGAUAAGAGCCACUGGUUUGAGAUCGAUGCUCGCAGGGAGACGGAGUUCACCGGCGUCAUCACACAAGGACGAGACUCGCUGAACGAGAGUGACUUCGUGACGUCCUACUUCCUGGCGUUCAGCAACGACAGCAGAGAGUGGAGCACGAUCCACGACGGCUACGCCGACUGGCUGUUCUUUGGGAACAGUGACAAGGACACCCGGUGAUGAACCAGCUGGCGGUUUCCGGUCCUGGCCCGGUACGUCCGGGUCCUCCCUCAGAGCUGGAACAGCUCCCUGUGCAUGAGGCUGGAGCUCGGCUGCCCGGUGCCCGAUCCCGUGAGCGUUCCGUAUCAGCGCAAUGAAGUGACUCCGGUGGAUUACUUGGAGUUCAGACAUCACAGCUACUCAGAGAUGGUCGAGCUGAUGAAGUCAGUGAAUGCGGAGUGUCCCAACAUCACCAGCGUCUACAGCCUGGGCCGCAGCUCCAAGGGACUGGACAUCAUGGCCAUGAUCAUCUCUGGGAACCCCACAGAGCACGAAAUAGGCGAGCCGGAGCUGCGCUUCACGGCCGGUCUCCAUGGCAACGAGGCGGUGGGCCGCGAGCUGCUGCUGCUCCUCAUGCAGUUCCUGUGUAAGGAGUUCAGGGACCGGAACCCCAGGGUCCAGCGGCUGGUGGAGGGGGUCCGCAUCCACCUGGUCCCCUCGCUCAACCCCGACGGACACGUGGAGGCCUUCAGAGCGGGAUCCGAGCUGAGUGGAUGGACCACGGGACACUUCACCGCGGACGGCAUGGACAUCUUCCAGAACUUUCCCGACCUGAAUCGCUUCCUGUGGGACGCCGAGGACAAAGGCCUGGUCCCCAAACUCACCCCCAACCACCACGUCCCCAUACCGGAGGACCUCGAGACCAACAGCUCGAUCGCCGUGGAAACCAAGGCCAUAAUCUCCUGGAUGAAGAGCUAUCCUUUCGUGUUGGGUGCGAACCUCCAGGGCGGGGAGCGGGUCGUAGCCUAUCCCUACGACGGCUGUCGCCUCGGCAAGCCGGCAGACCGCCAGCAACCCCCCCGCCGGCAGAAGAGACAGUAUGAAGAUGAAGGAUUUGAUGUGACGGAGUGGGGGAGGGGCUACCACGAAGAGCCAGAAGAAGAGCAGCAGGGCCACGGCUACGACCACGGCUACGACCAUGGCUACGACCACGGCUACGAACAAAACCGUGGCUACGAAGACAAUCGUGGCUACGACCGCGGCUAUGAACGUGGCUACGAACAAAACCAUGGCUACGACCGCGGCUACGAAGACAACCGUGGCUACGACCAAAACCGCGGCUACGAAGACAACCGCGGCUACGACCAAAACCGCGGCUACGAAGACAACCGCGGCUACGACCAAAACCGUGGCUACGAAGACAACCGCGGCUACGAAGAUAACCGUGGCUACGACCACGGCUACGAUGGUCACAACCAGGGUUACGGCCACCGAGAGGAGGAAGAGGACGAUCGAGGGAGAAGCGGCGGUUACCAGUACGCCGAUCCGGAGGAGGAGACGCGUGCGAUCCCAGACGAGUCCCUGUUCCGGUGGCUGGCGGUCUCCUACGCCUCCACACACCUGACCAUGACGCACGCCUACCACGGCUCCUGCCACGGAGACGCCGCCGGCGGGCAGCACGGCAUCGUGAACCGAGCCAAGUGGAAGCCGAUCACAGGAAGUAUGAACGACUUCAGCUACCUGCACACCAACUGUCUGGAGCUGUCCGUGUUCCUGGGCUGCGACAAGUUCCCCCACCACAGCGAGCUGGCCUACGAGUGGGAAAAGAACAGGGAGGCCCUGCUGGUCUUCAUGGAGCAGGUGCAUCGCGGUAUCAGAGGCAUCGUGAAGGACGAGCAGGGCAACGCCAUCGCCAACGCCACCGUGUCUGUGGAGGGAAUCAACCACGACGUCACCACAGCUCCGACGGGGGACUACUGGCGGCUGCUGAACCCGGGGGAGUACCGGGUGACGGCCCGAGCUGACGGCUUCUCCCCCGACACCAAGCUGUGUGUGGUGGGGUACCAGCCGGGGGCUACGGCCUGCAGCUUCAACCUGGCCAAGUCCAACUGGGACCGCAUCAAACAGAUUUUGGCUCUCCGUGGCAACCGGCCGAUUCGACUCAGCUACGGCAACAACCGGCAGAGCCCGGCGGUUGCUAGCGGCAACAGGCGUGUGCUCCACAACAACAACAACAACAACAACCCUUCCCAGAGUUCC